AUGUGGCUGCGGCUUGGCCCGCCCUCGAUGUCCCUGAGCCCCACACCCACAGUUGGCUGGAGCCUGUGCCUCACCCUGUGGUUCCUCAGUUUGGUGCUGAGGGCCAGUACCCAGGUCCCAGCACCCACAGUCAAUACUCACUUUGGGAAGCUAAGGGGUGCCCGGGUACCGUUGCCCAGUGAGAUCCUGGGGCCCGUGGACCAGUACCUGGGGGUACCCUAUGCAGCUCCCCCAAUCGGCGAGAAACGUUUCCUGCCCCCUGAACCACCCCCAUCCUGGUCGGGCAUCCGGAACGCCACACACUUUCCCCCAGUGUGCCCCCAGAACAUCCACACAGCUGUGCCCGAAGUCAUGCUGCCAGUCUGGUUCACUGCCAACUUGGAUAUCGUCGCUACUUACAUCCAGGAGCCCAAUGAAGACUGCCUUUACCUGAAUGUCUAUGUACCCACAGAGGAUGUAAAGCGGAUUUCCAAGGAAUGCGCCCGAAAGCCCAACAAGAAAAUUUGUAGGAAAGGAGGAUCCGGCGCUAAGAAACAGGGCGAGGACUUAGCGGAUAAUGACGGGGAUGAAGAUGAAGACAUCCGAGACAGUGGUGCUAAGCCCGUCAUGGUCUACAUCCAUGGAGGCUCUUACAUGGAAGGGACAGGCAACAUGAUUGAUGGCAGCAUCCUCGCCAGUUAUGGCAAUGUCAUCGUCAUCACCCUCAACUAUCGGGUUGGGGUACUAGGUUUCCUGAGCACUGGAGAUCAGGCUGCCAAAGGAAACUAUGGACUUCUUGACCAAAUCCAGGCCCUCCGCUGGGUGAGUGAGAAUAUUGCCUUCUUUGGAGGAGACCCUCGCCGUAUUACCGUCUUUGGCUCAGGCAUCGGCGCAUCCUGUGUCAGCCUCCUCACACUGUCACAUCACUCUGAGGGGCUUUUCCAGAGGGCCAUCAUCCAGAGUGGCUCUGCUCUGUCCAGCUGGGCUGUGAACUACCAACCAGUAAAGUACACCAGCCUUCUGGCAGACAAAGUGGGCUGUAACGUGCUGGAUACUGUGGAUAUGGUGGACUGUCUUCGGCAAAAGAGUGCCAAGGAACUAGUAGAGCAGGACAUCCAGCCAGCCCGCUACCACGUGGCCUUUGGGCCUGUGAUCGAUGGUGAUGUCAUUCCUGAUGACCCUGAGAUCCUCAUGGAACAGGGCGAGUUCCUCAACUAUGACAUCAUGCUAGGUGUCAACCAGGGUGAGGGUCUCAAGUUUGUGGAAGGGGUGGUAGACCCUGAGGAUGGUGUCUCUGGCACAGAUUUUGACUAUUCUGUCUCUAACUUUGUGGACAAUCUGUAUGGCUAUCCGGAGGGUAAAGACACCCUGCGAGAAACCAUCAAGUUCAUGUACACAGACUGGGCAGACCGUGACAACCCCGAGACCCGUCGUAAAACACUAGUGGCACUCUUCACUGACCACCAGUGGGUGGAGCCCUCAGUGGUGACAGCUGAUCUACAUGCCCGUUAUGGUUCACCUACUUAUUUCUACGCCUUCUACCAUCACUGCCAGAGCCUCAUGAAGCCUGCCUGGUCAGAUGCAGCUCAUGGGGAUGAAGUACCCUAUGUUUUUGGUGUCCCUAUGGUAGGUCCCACUGACCUUUUCCCCUGCAACUUCUCCAAGAAUGAUGUUAUGCUCAGCGCUGUCGUCAUGACCUAUUGGACCAACUUUGCCAAGACUGGGGAUCCUAACAAGCCAGUUCCCCAGGACACCAAGUUCAUUCACACGAAGGCCAACCGCUUUGAGGAAGUAGCCUGGUCCAAGUACAAUCCCCGAGACCAGCUCUACCUUCACAUCGGGCUGAAACCAAGGGUCCGCGAUCAUUAUCGAGCCACUAAAGUGGCCUUUUGGAAACACCUGGUGCCCCACCUGUACAACUUGCACGACAUGUUCCACUACACAUCCACGACCACCAAAGUGCCGCCCCCAGAUACCACCCACAGCUCCCACAUCACCCGCAGGCCCAACGGCAAGACCUGGAGCACCAAGCGGCCAGCCAUCUCCCCUGCCCACAGCAACGAGAAUGCCCAGGGGUCCUGGAAUGGGGACCAGGAUGCAGGGCCUCUCCUGGUAGAGAACCCUCGUGACUACUCCACUGAAUUAAGUGUCACCAUCGCUGUGGGGGCCUCCCUCUUGUUCCUCAACGUUCUGGCCUUUGCUGCCCUCUACUAUCGCAAGGACAAACGGCGCCAGGAGCCCCUGCGGCAGCCUAGCCCCCAGAGGGGAGCUGGGGCCCCUGAAUUGGGAGCUGCUCCUGAGGAGGAGCUGGCAGCAUUACAGCUGGGCCCCACUCACCAUGAGUGUGAGGCUGGUCCCCCCCACGACACACUGCGCCUCACUGCACUGCCUGACUAUACCCUGACCCUGCGGCGCUCCCCUGAUGAUAUCCCACUCAUGACCCCCAACACCAUCACUAUGAUUCCCAACUCCCUGGUGCAGACAUUGCACCCCUACAACACCUUUGCCGCAGGGUUCAACAGUACCGGGCUGCCCCACUCACAUUCCACCACCCGGGUAUAGCUCCAGCCCAGAGCACAGCUUACCUCCCGGCCCUCUCCCUCCCAAACCCACACACCACACACACACACACACACACACACACACACACACACACACACAGACACACACACACACACACACACACAGACAUAUAUAUAUAUGGGCACUCAUCCAUACCCUGCAGCAGACCCAUCUGCACAAGCAUAGACAGAUGUGGACAUGCACCUGCAUGUACAAAAACACCAACACGAAGGUAAACCUGAACAAAUCCUUCAGAUGGGGACACAGAUGAGUCCUUGGCAAACUGAGGACCCAUGGAAUAGCAGCGGAAGCCAGCUCCCCUGAGCCUGAACACAGACACUCCUGGGGGCCUGAAAGCAAGACUUGGACACCCCCUUGGUGCUCGCCUUCGGCCUUUCUUGGAACUACACCACCGACCAACUCCAGACUUGGGAGCUUUAAAGAGCAAAGUAGCUCUUCCUCCCCAGACUUAGUCUUUUUUCUGGGUCUUGUUUUUGUUGAUUUUUUUUUUUAAUUUUGGAACAAAUGCUUUUGCAACCCAUGAGUGCUAGGAAGCUCUGGAAGAGAGGGCUCCAGACCCAGUUCUCUCUGGUUCUGGAAUCCCCAGUGCUCACAUAAUCAGACCAAGGGAUAGAACCCCAUGAAAGUAAUGGACUCGUACAAGACUGUGGGGUGAACAGAGGAAGGGGCUAAAGAUGGAUGGGGCCAGAGGGCCGUCAAGAAGAGAUCUCCAACCUUUUCCGCGUCCCUGUGGAGGGCUGCAGAGCCUGCAGGAUGACCUGCUUCCCUCAAAGGCCAGCAGCAUUAGCCUGGGUAGACCAGGGGACCCUAGUUUUGGUGUACAAGUACUGUAGAGCUCAUGCCAUUAUUGGGUUCCCCAGGUAUAUAACCUGGGUUCUGCCUCUGCCCCUAGGGAAAUGCUACCAGAUAUUCACCCCAUUUUCUUUAUAGUCUCUUUUGUGUCUGUCAUUUCUCUUUCAAAAACGCAGUGUUUUUUGUUGUUAUUGUUGUUGUUGGCUUUUUUUUUUUCUAAGAAAAGUUCUUAAAACACUAACGGAAACCCAUGGAGUUUGUCCUUUGUAAGAAUUUUUUAAAAAGUGUCUUGAUAUAAAAAUAAAAAAUCCAGUUAGCACUUGCAACCUGCCUCGCUUGCACAGGCCUUGCCCCAACAGCCCUCAGAGCAGGGCACCUUUGUGGACUAGGAAUCCAGCAAUCAGGCAGCUUCUGUGCCUCCCCUCCUGGGCUGCACUCUGUUGCCCUUGGCAAGGCCUCUCCAGUCAGGUUGCUGUCCCCAUCCCCCUGCCCUCCCUCCCAGCGCUCUCAGCUCCUGCAGCUGAAGCCUCCUCUCAGCACCUCUGGCCUAAUGAAACAAGAAAAAUAAUACUUCCUUCCUCUUGUACUGCCGCUGCUACUGCCUCCUCCCCCACCUUUCUCCACUGCCACCACCACCAUCACCACCACCCUGCUCUCAUCUUGGACUGGGGGUUGGGAGGAGGCGUGACCUCUAACAUGCUGAAGUUCUUUCUCAUAUCUAAAUCCAGUGCAGCAUUAGCCAUGUGGGUCCCUGGCCUUAGGUGACAGAUAGAGCAGGGCCCUCUUCUUCCCCUGGGACACUUGUUUCCUGUUCUGUCAAUUCAAAUUGGAGUGGUCAAGAGGGCCCUGGGAGUGAUUUCUCUCCAGGACUGUGAUCUGUGGCUCCCUGACAACUAUGGGAGACAGAUUCAGUGGGGCUCCCCAGGGUUAGCAUUAUGGAAUUUCCUGUUAUUCUCAGUGUCUGUAAGGACUGAACAGGGAGUCUGCUCAUCAAGUACGACAGUUGCACAGGGGCUCUGCUACCUCAGAAACCAGGGAUAAUAUUCUUCAGAGUGACCCUGACAAAAUGAGGGAGAUGAAUCAUCACAACCAAGACAAUGUUCAGAGGAGAUGAACAUGUGGUAGUAUGUACAAAAACCAAAACUCAGAACUAAUAUAUUAAUAUGGCACAUGGGACAAGACAAAUGGGCAGUGAUUGACUUGACACAUAUAUAGUUAAAUAAAGAACUGGGUGCACAAGUUGAAUGAGUCCACAGUUUUAGAACAGGUUUCCUCUCUCUUCCCUCCCUCCCUUCUUUCUUUUAUUCUUUCCAAAACUAAUAUGGAUACUAGUGUAUAGUAACAAAAACAUAGAGGAGUUGAGAAGUAUCAGAAUGUGAGUGUACGAACUAGAAGUAACCCCAGUCAUCUAACCCAACCCACUUACUGUGAAGUUGGGGAAAUGGGCCCAUUACUGUUAGUGUUUAGAAACAGGCCUAGAAUACAGCCUAGUAAUGUAUGGUCCUUCUCACAGCCCUACUCAGCAUGUUCCACUCUACCUGCCACUGGUUAUGACUUGGUUAUGAGCAACAAACACCUUUAAUACAUGUGGAAAAGUGGAGAGGAUGUGAAGAGCAAAAGCAAUGUGUCAAAGGACUGGGUGUUGGGGUUUUCUUUUUUUAAUUUAGAAAGAAGGAAGCUGGCUGGGGAUUUAGCUCAGUGGUUUUGCCGUCUGCUAUGCAAGCAUAAGGACCUGAGUUCAAUCCCCAGUGCCAAAAAAAAAAAAAAAAGAAAGAAGGAAGCUGACGAGGUAGCAUUCAAUUGUGGAACACCUACUAUAUGACAAGUAUGCUAAUACCAUCUUCAAAAUGUGACUCCUAAAUCAGGACAGAGUUGAGUUCUCUCAUGACCUAUGUUCUCCAUUUCUUCUGAGAAUGAUAGGGGGGAAAUGAGGUUGAGUGAAACCCAGGGAUAGAUUUUGCUAUUGAUAGGAGUGAGCAUGGGCACCUAGUAUGUCCUCAAUAACAUUUGCCAAGUGGAAUGAAUGGCUGCUAAGGAAAGCCCUAGUAUCCUUCAUUCUCCUGAAAGCAGAGGGCUGGAUUAUAUCACCUUUUGAGCUCAAUUCAGUCUUAUUAUGUUCUAAUGUUCAAUUGCUCCAUUUCAGAUCUUUCCAAUCUGGGCCUCCCAUUCUGAGAUGAGUAUGUAUAUCUCCAAAUCAGGAGUCUCCCUAUUUUGGGGAGAUUUAGUCUCCCUUUUUUGGUUUUUUUGUUUUUUGAAACAAGGUCUCACAAUGUAGUUCAGACUGGUCUUGAACUCAUCUUGUAGCCCAGGCUGGCCUCAAACUCACAGCAAUCCUCCUGCCUCAGCCUCCCAAGUGCCAAGAUUAUAGGCAUGCAUCACCAUACACCUCUUAGUCUCUCUUCUUAAAACUCAAGGUUCCAUAACAAACCCACCUCAAAUUACAGGCCUAUUGGGGACCAAUCGGUAACAGUACAGUUGGUCUUCACACCUUUGGGAGGCCUGGGUGGAAGAGGCAACCACCAAAAUCAAGAUUUCAAUCUAAUUUUGUGCCUAUAGCUUGAGGUUCUUGGCCCCAGUGCUGACUACCAGCCCUGAGCCCAGCUAAAAAAUAGCCCAGCUUUUUAUAUGAAGAGAAGCUGAGGAUGUAUUUGGAUUUUAUCCCACAUUGCAAAGGUCAUUAGUGCCUAGAUUAGGUCUAUCUCACAUCCCUCAGUUUAUGUUUUCUAUUUUAGUCCUUUAGUGAACCAGACAUAGCUAUCUUGGAAUCUGAAUUUUUGGUUGUGUGUGUGUGUGUGUGUGUGUGUGUGUGUGUGUGUGUGUGAAGGCUAGAAGUUGGUCACUGAGGAAAUCUUUACAGAAGUAUGGUUACCAGGCCAGGAGGCCUGGCCUUUACUGGUUUAAUUAUACUAUGUAGAAUGGAACACACCCACUUUGAUGUGCAUAUUGUAAGAAAGACAAAACCGAACCAUGAUAAAAUAAAUGAAAUGUAUAAUCUAGUAUGCUACUUCAAUGUACAGUAAAGGUUAAAAGGACUAGAGAAAUUGUAAGAAAGGCUAUAGCUGUGGGUGGGUGUGUGAGUGGAGGUAGUGGGCAGACUGAGAGUUCCAGACUGAGAAACUCUGCCAAAGCAUGGAGGGCAGGAGGUCUAGGCAUGCUUGAGGAGCAGUGAGGGGACUGCCCUGACCAAAGGAGAGGGUUCAAGUGGGAAACCAUAUUGGCAAGGUGGUCUGUGCAGGUCUUCAUAACCCCUGAAGGGCUUGGGUAUUAUUGAAUGAAUGAUGCCUGCUAAUAGUUUUACAGUGAGAAAAAAAAAACCUUCUCAGCUUUGCUUUUGCUACUUCUCUAUGCUCCUAAACAGUCUUGUGCCAGAGAGCCUUCAGCUGCUCUGAGAGACACCAUUUCAUGGUCUGGUCAAUAACAGCCCAGAGUAGUUGUGAGGACUUGAAGUUCAGUUGCAGGACAACUGAUGGUGGCUUCAAAAACUACACAAAGAACGGAAAAUUAUGUGUGCUGCAGCCUGGAGAUUGACAAACAUGGCCCCACCGUUUAACAGAUGUGAAAAGGUGAAUGCCACAAAUUAUAGAUCAAUAAAUGUGAUACUGAUCAAGGGCAAGAUUCUUGGAGAAAUGAUUAGAAGGAUGAUUGGUGAGCACUUACAAAAGGAAGUGAAGAUUGCUCAGCCCCUGCAUUGAUUCAGGAAAAACAAAUCACUUACUCCCAGUUCAACUCAUUUCUUUUGGUAGGGAGAAUGGACAGGUAGAUGAGGGGAAUGUUACACUCAUAGCGUUUGGAGUUUGACAAAACAUUCUCUUAUUAAUCUUGGGACAAUACGGAGAAAAUGUGGGGUGGGUAAAGAGAAACUUAGGCAGACUCUUAACUGGUUAAGUGACUGACUACGCACAAAAGGAUUCUGUUUUAAUGUCACCAGGUCAGAUUUACAAAUUUCACAAUGCUGGUAAAUUCCCUUAUUUUGAUUCCAAAAUGUAACAGUACACAUGUAGGAUGUGAGAGAGUAGCCUAUAAGGUUUUAGAGUAAAUGAAAGUUCAUCGUGAGUUAUAAGUUGCUGCAAAAGGACCACAUUAACUGUAACCGUGAACUGUAUUAAUAAGAGGGUAUCAUUCAGAAGAAAGGAUGUGACCGUCUGUGCUGCUCUGCACCAGUCAGCCUACAGCUGCUGCCUCUGUUCAAUUAUGGGCCCCAGACUUCAAGAGAUGAUGACAAAGGCAUAUCCAGAGAAGAAUGGUGAGAAUAGUGAAAAGACUGGAGAAUCCUAGGAGAAAUUUGUCUACUGUUGCCAAAUCAGUACUGGCCCCAUGGGGAAGAGGAAGAUAUAGAUUUGUUCUGUGUGAUUCCAAAGGCUUUGAGAUCUAAUGGAAGUUAUAGGAAAACAGAUUUAGGUUCAAUGUAAGGAAGUUGCUCUUUUCCCUUUCUUUUUUAUAAUGAAAAAUUGUAAUAAAAGUUUCAGCUCAUGA